AUGGCCAUAGAAGGGGCAAAUCUCACCCGGGUCUCCGAGUUCCUGCUCCUGGGCCUCUCGGAGGAUCCCAAGCGACAGCAGCUGCUGUUCACGCUCUUCCUGAGCAUGUACCUAGUCACGGGGCUUGGGAACCUGCUCAUCGUCCUGGCCAUCGCCACGGACGACCGGCUCCACACCCCCAUGUACUUCUUCCUGGCCAACCUGGCCUUCGUGGACAUCUGCUUCACCUCCACGACCGUCCCCAAGAUGCUAUCCAAUCACGUGGCAGGACACAAAGGGAUCCCUUACGCCGGCUGCCUGACCCAGAUGUUCUUUUUCAUCUGGUUCGCGGGCGUAGACAGCUUCCUGCUGACCGCCAUGGCCUACGACCGCUAUGCGGCCAUCUGUCACCCUCUGCACUACGCCACGUCUGUGACGCCACAGCUCUGCGGCCUGCUGGUGGUGGCGUCCUGGACCGCCGCCUUCGGGAACGCCUUGACCCACACGGUCUUACUGACCCGCGUCUCGUUCUGCACCUGCAACCGGAUCCCGCAUUUCUUCUGUGAUCUCAGCCCGCUGCUGCAGCUGGCCUGCUCCGACACGUUUCUCAACCAUGUGGUGGUGUACACCGUGGGCGCCCUGCCGAUCAUCGCCCCCUUCGUGGGUAUCUUGGUCUCCUAUACGCGCAUCUUUGCUGCUGUGUUGAGGAUCCCAUCGGCAGGAGGGAAGUGGAAGGCUUUCUCCACCUGUGGUUCUCACCUCUCUGUGGUGUCCCUGUUCUACGGGACGCUCAUCGGGGUUUAUUUCAGCCCCAUGUCCUCCCACACGGCCCAGAAGGACACAGCUGCUGCAGUGAUGUACACCGUGGUCACCCCCAUGCUGAACCCCUUCAUCUACAGCCUGCGCAACAGUAACAUGAAGGGUGCUCUGGGGGCCCUUCUCAGCAGGAAGCCAGUUAUCAUUGGGUGGCCACAGAGUUGA